GGGCAGGACUUGAAAAUGGCGCGUUUCCGCCUCGGCCGGAAGUUGCUCUGAUGGGGCCCUUCCUUUCUCUAUGGCCACCGCCCAAGAGUACUUCCCGUAUUUGGAAGCGCCCGCUUCAUCGGUCGACUGGGGCAUGUAACGGUUGCCGUCGCUAUGGAGACGCCCGGGACGAGGGUUCUCCUUUCUCAGUCAGAAGAAGCACUGGCCUCUCCUUUGCCAAACGAAAGCAUAAACUCUCCGUUGCCAAACCUGACACCAAGACACCAAGAGCUGAUCGCCACGCCGUGUGGCCCUAUCAAACGAUGGUCCGAAUUAUCAUCCCCUGUCAAGAUCUACUUCUGUGUCACCAUCCUUUCGUUGUUGAGUGUCAUUGGAUUAACUAUAGAGACCCUCUUCCAGCAGAAAAACGAAGAUUUAACUGUGUCUCUCAUCCAGAUCAUUGGCCUCGUCUUCGGCCUCUAUUACAUCAGCCGGGGAAUCCUACAGGAGAAUCGACAGGAGCUGCUUGUCUUUGUCCUCUCUAUCGCCUUGGUCAUGCUCCGCUCCGUGAUCAACUUCACCGUCCUGCCCGCCAAGCAGAAGCCGGAGUUGCUGGCUCGCUUCGUCCUGAUCCUUCUGGUGGGGGCCUUUGACGUCUGCUGCGCCGUGAUCUUGAUCCAGAGUGAGAGCCGGAUGGCCUUCCGAGUGGGCGGCGCCUUGGAGAGCCUCCAAACCCAGUACUUCAUGCUGAAUCUCUGCUUUUCCAUGCUGACCUUUGACCUCCAGGCUCAGCUCUGUUUGUCUGUCCUGCUGCUGACCACAACCCGGGAGAUUUCAAAUCUGCACAGCGUGUUCCUGGCUGCUGGGAUUUGCUGGGCUGUUCUGAAGGUAGCUUGCGGCAUCACCGCAAUCUUAAAAGAGUUAAAACCUCUCGCCUGGAUUUUUGUGAUUCAGAAUUUACCCGAAGUGGCUUAUCUGGCAUACCUUCUGUACGCGGUGAUCACAGAAUGGGGCCAAGGAAAUUCUUACGCCCUGGAAGCUGCCAUUAUAACCUGCUCCUGCAUUUCAGUGAUAAUCAAAAGCGUCCUGUUUUGGGCACUUUUUCACGUCUAUCAGAGUUUUGGGCAAGGCCUGAGAGAGAGGAUGUUUUCUUCCUAUGGAAGGAUCGAUUCGUGACCUGCAGCUCCAUCGCCAAACCAGUGUGCUCUUAUAGAGUGAAAACCAAGUUGGGAAAAUCUUGAUUCUUCUCUUCCUUCUGCCCCCAACCCCCCUCCACCAUUGGACUCUGGAAUCUGAUAAGCCACAGCGGAGACUGGAUCCCAAGGGAGACCCUUUGCUGCACUUUUUAGGAUUCCACGGUCCCUUGCUGUUUCUCUGGGAUCCACCCCGCCAGCCUUCCUCAACGCAGGAAAGCCAACGAAACCACAUAUCCUCCCGGGUUCUCCCAAAGGAACUUAAGAUGUAGCUUGCAACUACGAGUGGCCUUUCUCGUGCUGGGGUGCGUGUGUGUGUGGAGGUGUCUGGCAUUUGCUCCCCUGGUUGUAUUGUAACCCCAUUAUUUAUUUAUUUUUUUAACUUAAUUUGGGCCCUGCUACGGUUGGCAUGUCUGAACUUGACCAAUGGGGCAGAUUUCAAUUGCCAAAUUGCAAAGCAAAUCCCCGGGAUGCAGGCGUCGUUCCAAUUAAAAAAAAAAAAAUGCACCUUUUUCUCAGCCCCUAAAAGAGCCGGGCCUGAACCCGCUCUCCGAUCCAGUGUGACACCAGAAAACCAGUUUCUCUUCCAUCGCUUGCGGUUGGCUGCACUCUCCCACUGCCUGUUUUUCACGCUACCGAGGUUGCAAGGAUCGCUUCGGAUCCUGCAAACCUGGAAAGGAAGAAUCUCUGCCCUUCUGGUGUGGUGCCAGAAAAGCAAAGAAUGGCGUACUGGUUCGCCCUUCAUUUUGCACACACCCCUUUGUAAAA